UGAUAUAGUUGUGGUUGUACUGCUACUUUAAAUAAAAACUCCCUACAGUUAUUUAUUUAUUUUAAAUUUUUUUUUUUCUUGGCGUUUGGACGGAGGUUUUCCGCCGUCAGCCACCGCCGGAGAAAUCAUCAGACCAUUUCUGCUGCUCACCUGUUUUGUACUUAACUUUGAAUCUGCUGCUAGUUUUUGAGGAUCGAGAAAAUUUGUAGCAAAAAAUUGAUUCAGGUUUUCCCCCCUAAAUCUCGAUACAAUAAUGUGUAUUCCUGGUGGAAUCUGAACGGAUUCUUGCCCAGCAUAAUCAGCUUGUAGGAUUUGUUGAAACUUUUGUGGAGUGUUGUGUUUAAAGCUGAAGUUGAGAUGGAAUCGAAAAUGGAGGAAGCAUUGAGAGCCAAAUCUAUGGCUGAGAAGCAGUUUUCGGAGAAAGACUUCAUCAGUGCAAAAAACUAUGCUUUAAAAGCUCAAAUGAUGUGUCCUGAGCUGGAGGGUAUUUCACAAAUGGUGGCCACAUUCGGAGUGUACGUUGCUUCUGAGGCAAAAAUCAACGGAGAGUAUGAUUUCUAUUCGAUCCUUGGAGUGGAUCCAACUGCAGAAAAGCCGAAGCUGAAGAAACAGUACAAGAAGAUGGCAGUGAUGCUCCAUCCUGAUAAGAACAGAACUGUUGGAGCUGACGGGGCAUUUAGGCUCGUCUCUGAAGCAUGGACACAAUUAUCCGAUGGUGCAAAAAGAAGCUCUUAUGAUCAGAGGAGAAGUUUGUUUGCAGGUUACAAUUCCGGGAUAUCUGGCUAUGACAACAGUUCCAAGUUCCCAACUCAUUCCAGGUUGGAUACGUUUUGGACGGUCUGUACAUCCUGCCAUGUUCAGUACGAGUAUCUAAGGAAAUAUGUGAACAAGCGGCUUUCUUGCAAGAACUGUCGCGGUGUCUUUGUUGCUGUAGAAACUGGGCUAGCCCCGAUGAGUAGCUCCUUCCCAUAUAGCACCUACACUUAUCCGCCUGAAAAUGGGUAUGGAAGCCAUGGUUCUACAGUUUCAUAUGUUCCCGCAAACAUGGGAUAUUGCCCUCCUAAUGGAUCCACUGGACAUACUGCUGGAUAUAGGCCUGAGUAUGUCUCAAAUAUAUCAUUUCAGGGCAACUCGACUGCGCAAUCCACCGGCAGCGCGGAUCCUAAUGGUCUCUCUGCAUCGUCCUUUGUCUUUUGUCAAGCCAACGGAGAGGCAAACAAAACUAAGGUAAAUGGAAAGCACGACAAGAUAAAGUCCACGGGUCUCGCAGCACCUAAUGGGUACACUAAUCAACAUGAUGCAUCAAGACCACGGCGUGGUAGACCACCAAAGAAGAUUAAAGUCGACUUUGGAAGCUUGCCUGCUUAUGGCCAUGGAGAAUGUCGCGUGAAUGCUACAUCAGAGGUGAAAAUGGCGAACGGGGAUUUGCCAUUUAGAUCUUCUCCCAAGCUUUCGUCUCCAACUGAUGCUACAAUCAGACACCCUCCAGCUGUCCCUGUAAUUGAUACUCGGCGCUUGUUGAUUAGUAAGGCGAGACUGGAAAUCAUCAAGAAAGUGGAAGAAAUGAGAUUAAUUUCGGAGGCUGAUGCUGCAGAGGCUGAGAAGAGAAUCGCGCACGGCGAGGUUUUGAAAUACAACGAGGGGGUUAAAGUAUCCGGUGCAACCCAUGUUGGUUCUCACCCGGAACUGAAGAGGUCUGCUUCAAUGUCAAUAACAGUUCCGGAUUCUGACUUUCAUGAUUUUGACAAGGAUAGAUCAGAAGAAUGCUUUAAGCCGAAGCAGAUUUGGGCUCUGUACGAUGAAGAAGACGGCAUGCCUCGCUUGUACUGUCUAAUUCGUGAAAUCAUCUCAGUGAAUCCUUUCAAGAUUUAUAUAAGCUACUUGAGCUCAAAAUCGGAUGGCGAGUUCGGGCCUGUGAACUGGUUGGAUUGCGGAUUCACCAAAUCUUGUGGAAGCUUCCGGGUCUUCCACUCUGAAACAGUUGAACAUGUUAACAUCUUCUCGCAUCUUCUGAGCAAGGAGAAAGCCGGUAGGGGAGGUUGUGUAAGAAUCUAUCCCCGGCUUGGUGACAUAUGGGCUGUCUACCGGAACUGGUCGCCAGAUUGGAACCGCGCAACCCCAGCUGAAGUGAGGCACCAGUACGAAAUGGUCGAGGUUCUUGCUGACUAUUCCGAUGAAAAUGGUGUUUGGGUAACUCCUCUAAUUAAACUCGAAGGUUACAAAACCGUAUACCAGAGGAAUCCAAACACAAGUGCCAUCAGAUGGAUCCCAAGAAGAGAGAUGCUACGAUUCUCACACCAGGUCCCGUCAUGCUCUCUUAAAGUUGAAGGGAAGAACUUGCCAGAUGGUUGCUGGGAUCUCGACCCUGCUGCAACACCGGAGGAGCUUCUUCAAGGGGAAGCCGAACUGCUCAAUGGAACAGACAGUGGCCAAUCAGAUAAGGCGACAGAAUCUCCUCCAGAGGAACAUCGUCCAGCUGAAUGUGAACUGGGAGCCGAAGAAGUCUCAGCAGCCAAGAGAUGCAAGGUCGAAAGUGAAGCAUGCGAUGGGAAAGAGAACUGGUGCGGAGCUUUUCUGAAACCUGCGGCUGAAGUUCCUCAGACCGAAACAAUUUCAGAGGUCUAAGAAGACCUGAGGUAUGGCAAAGUUCCUGCAGUAACCUGCAAGUCAGUCGCCGGGCCAAAACUACAGGUUUGGCGAGAACUUGAAAAUGGAAACAAGAUGGAAAUUUAAUUUCCAGUCUUUUCCAUCAAGAGAUUCAUAGGUAUGUACAGAUUUAAGCAUGAAAUUGCAGGAGGAGGAUAAUACUAAUCCUGGUCCCCAUAUUAUGGGAACCUUUUUAUUCGGCAAAAAUCUAUAACUUGAACUUUUAACUU